GUGGACGGUGUCAGGAAAAAUAGCUUAUUGGAAUUUUUUUUACUCCAGGGUAGGAAUACUUUUUUUUGUGGUGAGGGGGUCUACAUGUUUUGUUACAAGCACAAAUCCAUGUAUCUGUCGUCUUGGAAUUGAGUUGUAGUAAUCUUCACGGAGCUUGUCUUCUCACCUGGGAGGACGCAGAGUCCCGUCAGCUGGCGGUCGGGAUAACUAUUUCCGCCGUGUUAUUCGUGGUAUGACGGCUAGCUGAUAGCUGGGACCGCUGCAAUGCUAGGUGGUAAUGAGCCAGAUCGCUUUUUUUUAGCUGAAACAGUUUAAGUGGAUAUUAAAAGGUUGUUCGAGACAAAGGAUAAGGAAUACCUGGUUUUUGUAUGAUUCUGGAACGGUAUUCUUCACUACAUUUACCAGAAUGCACAGCGGCAGAUGUGACGGCCACCGAGGCAGAGAUUCCACAAGCCUUCAAUGUGUUUGUUCUGGAUGUUUUUGAAGGCAUGUCUCCUCCACCGCGAGAGAAACCACUGACUUUGGAUUGUCCCCCAUUUUCUAUUUUUCGGAUCAAAUAUUAACUAUGUGUCGACGCAGCAGCUUGGGUUUGUUUGGACACAUUUAACACGUUGAAGUGAGUCGGACGGGAAAAUCAACAAAAAGGAAACGCCAGUAAAACAUAAAGGAUCCUUUUCCCCCUAAAGAAAUAUCAUGGCAUCUGUGUGGAAAAGAUUACAACGUGUGGGGAAACAUGCGUCCAAGUUUCAGUUCGUUGCUUCCUAUCAGGAGUUGAUGGUGGAAUCCACCAAGAAAUGGCAACCAGACAAGCUGGUAGUGGUGUGGACUCGCAGGAGCCGACGGAAAUCCUCCAAGGCUCACAGUUGGCAGCCAGGCAUCAAGAACCCCUACCGAGGAGUGGUGGUGUGGCCUGUACCAGAAAACAUAGAAAUAUCUGUCACACUCUUCAAGGACCCCCACGCAGAGGAGUUUGAAGACAAGGAGUGGACGUUUGUCAUUGAAAAUGAGUCUCCUUCAGGUCGUAGAAAGGCUCUGGCUAGCAGCAGCAUCAACAUGAAGCAGUAUGCCAGCCCCAUGCCCACACAGACUGACGUCAAGCUCAAGUUCAAGCCCCUCUCAAAGAAGGUGGUGUCUGCCACGCUACAGUUCUCCCUCUCCUGCAUCUUCCUCCGUGAGGGCAAGGCCACGGACGAGGACAUGCAGAGCCUGGCCAGCCUGAUGAGUAUGAAGCAGGCUGAUAUCGGCAACCUGGAUGACUUUGAGGAGGAGGACGAGGAGAAUGAGGAGAACAGGGCCAACCAGGAGGAGAAGGCUGCUAAGAUCACAGAGAUGGUAAACCAGCUCAAUGCUCUCAGCUGCUUAGCCGGAGACCCUGAGGACUACUUCCUAAAGCUGGCUAGUAAAAGGCCAAGCAGCGCUCAGUCUCCCUCCCAAGAGCUGAUCAGUAAGCUGAACUUCCUGGAGGAGGAUCAGGACACACCCCCUGCCCUCUGCUCCAAUCCCUUCGAAGAUCCGGUUGAUGAUGUUGAUGACCCCUCCCACCUGGAACACACCAAUCACUUCAACCCGUUCGGUGAUGAUGAUGAUGAUGGACCCCCCUCCCUGCCCCCCUCCCUCACCCUCCGACAGGACCCAGAGGCCUACUAUGUCCAGGAACCCUCCAACCCCUUCGACGAGGACGAAGUCAACACACACUCGCUCACAGAGUACAACCCGUUUGACGAGCCCGACCAGGACCCAGACCUAGUCCCCGACCCCCAGGGGCCCCAGGUCCAGCAGUCGGAGGCUCCCAAACCCAGGGGGAGGAAGGGGGUCAGGCCGGUGGAUAUGAGCAAGUACCUGUAUGCUGACACCAACCCACCACCAGAGGACCAACUGGAUGAAUCCAACCCGUUCUACGAGCCCCGUACCUCCAGCCCAUCCCGGCCCUCCGGGGGCCCCUCUCCAGACUUCAGUAACCAGAAGAGGAGAGCCCCGCUACCUCCCAGACCUCCAGGCCCCAGCCCCUCGGCCCCCAACACCUCCAGGGAGGGGGCAGAGAGAGAGAUUAUGCCCAGUGGACCCAGUGCCAUGGCAGCUGUGGUGGGGCGAGAGCUGGCCUUCUCCUCCCCUAAGCCCAGUCCUAUCCCGAGCCCAGUGCUUGGUGGGAAGCCCAACGCUAGCCAAUCCCUGCUGGCCUGGUGCCGUGAGGUCACAAAGAAUUACCGCGGAGUCAAGAUCACCAACUUCACCACAUCCUGGAGGAACGGCCUGGCAUUCUGCGCCCUUCUCCAUCACUUCAGACCUGAUUACAUAGACUACAAGACCCUCAAUCCUCAGGAUAUUAAGGAAAACAACAAAAAGGGUCUCCUGAGCAAAUGUCCCCGUGUGAGGUCAUCAGGUUCUCCUGAGCAAAUGUCCCCGUGUGAGGUCAUCAGGGUCUCUGAGCAAAUGUCCCCGUGUGAUGUCAUCAGGGUCUCUGAGCAAAUGUCUCCCGGUCUCCUGAGUAAAUGUCCCCGCGUGAGGUCAUCAGGUUCUCCUGAGCAAAUGUCCCUGUGUGAGGUCAUCAGGGUGGGAGACUUCGAGACAGACACCAACGCCUCCAUCGGCCAGGACAAGUUCUAUGCUGAGCUAAACGUCAGUGACGCUAAUGCCCAGACCACUGGAUCCAGUGGGGACGUUAGCAUCGGAGCUAACGGCGCUAGCGCCACCAAUGGAGCCGUGGGGAAAGAGGAGGAGGAGAUGGAGGUGGUGAGGAAGAGUGAGACUGUAUCUUUCUCCCUCCCUGACUUUGGGGUGUCCCCCUCUUCUCCCAGCUCGCCCCCCCUCCCCUUGCCCCGCGCGGCUCUACCCCCCACCGCCACAGAGUCCUCCCACCCCAGAGCCGCGCCUCGCUCCCUUGCCACCACACCUCUGGGAGACGAUCGCCGUCAACUACAACUACCCCUGAAGGCAGUCACCCUGGACCUGAGCCAGCUCCCUCUGAGGACGGAGAGAGGGAUGGAGAGGGAGACGAGGGAGCAGGAAGGGAUGAGGGAUGGAGCCCCGGACAACGGGGCCAUAGAUUCAGGGUCCCCUACACGGCAAGGAGCCUCUGUAGGGACCUCGUCUCCCUCCUCCCACAAGCUGGGCUUCUCCUACAACCGUGAUGCUGACCUCAUCAAGAAGAAGAGGGCCAGCCUCCGUCACUCUGAGUCUGAGACCGCCUCCGACUGCAGCAACCCCACCCCUAACAACCACGCUGACACGCCCACUAAACAGGAGCCAACGCCCGUCCCCAGCUCCCCAGUGGAAAAGAAGGUGCAGUCUCGGCAGGAGGAGCUGAAGGAAAGAGCCAGGCUUCUCCUGGAGCAGGCCCGGCGGGAUGCUGCCAUGAAGGCCGGCAGCAAGCACACAGCCAAUUCAACUAACUCAGCCCCAGUUAAAACACCACAAGUCACUGACGAGAGAGACGUGGAGCGCCGGAGGCAGCUUAGGGAGAGGGCCAGACAGCUCAUCGCCGAGGCUCGCUCUGGGGUCAAGAUCACAGAGAUGCCCCUUUACGACACGACCGCUGACCGAGGAAGAGGCAAAACCACCCCUACUGGAGAUGUGUUGGAUGGAGAUGCAGGUGAUGAUAAUGGGGGUGAGGAGGAGGAGGGGGGGAGAGAUGAGGAAGAUCACCAUGAUGAAACUGUGACAGAGGCUACUGCGGUAGAUACUAACCCUCCUGAGGCCCCUCCGACCUCCUCCACCAUCCAGGGGCAUCAGGAGUCUACUAACCCCAGCUCUGAGCUAACUUUUCUGGGUGUGAACAGUAAACACAUGGACUUGAAGCUAAAGAUGAUGGAGGUUCGACCUGGAGGACCCAACUCUUCCUCCUCUCCUUCGUCCUCCUCUUCUUCUCCCUCCUUCUCCUCAUCCACCUCGCCACUCAGCCCCACAGAGAACAAUGCAGAGCGUCUGCGCAGGGCGACAGAGAGACUGCGUGGUCCUGUAGUCUUCAGUCAGGAGCCAGCUGUCAGGAAAACACAGCUGAGGUCCUUCAGCCAGUAUGUGGAGGUCAGGCCAGAGGUAAAGCGUCAGAGAUCAGUACCAGAGGAUCAGAGACGGACGGGCGAGGAGAGAGGACUGGCACCAGACACCGAUGCUCGCAAGCCUUAUGAAGAUGAAAAGGCGUUCAAAGACACCAGUCAGUACGUUGUCGAGCUGUCUGCUCUGGAGAGCGAGCAGCGCCACAUCGACGCCCGGGCGGCGCGCGUGGAGAAGAGGCUACGCUAUCUCAUGGACACAGGGAACAGUAAGGAAGAGGAGGAGGCCAUGAUGCAGGAGUGGUUCAUGUUGGUCAACAAGAAGAACGCUCUGAUCAGGAGACAGAACCAACUCUCUCUACUGGAGAAGGAGCACGAUCUGGAGCGACGCUUUGAGCUGCUCAACAGAGAGCUGAGAGCCAUGAUGGCCAUCGAGGACUGGCAGAAGACAGAGGCUCAGAAGAGAAGAGAGCAGCUGCUGCUGGAUGAACUGGUCAUACUGGUCAACAAACGAGACGCGCUGGUCAGAGACCUCGAUGCACAGGAGAAACAGGCGGAGGAGGAAGAUGAACACCUGGAGAGAACCCUAGAGCAGAACAAAGGCAAGAUGGCCAAGAAGGAAGAGAAGUGUGUCCUUCAAUGAUUGUCAUUUCAUUUCACACACACACACACACAUAUAUAUAUAGUCUUCGUCCCAAAUGACACCCUAUAUGUCCUAUAUAUUACUUUGACCAGGGCAACAUAGUGCACUAUAUAGGGAAUAGAGUGCCUUUUGGGACACAGAUACAGACUAUAAUAUUUGUUUGAUCGAUACAAGAAUUGUAUUAUUAUUAUAUUGACUAUUAUUAUUGUAAUUAUUAAUAUACCAUUAUAUUGACAUAUUGUUUUAAUAUACCAUUUCUUGACAUUAUUAUAAUUAUAAUAAUGAUUAUAUUGACAUAUUGUUAUUAAUAUACCAUUAUAUUGACAUUAUUAUAAUUAUUAUUAUUAUUAUAUUGAGUAUUUGAGAAACCUGUAUUUGAAGUUUAUUUGAACCCUGAAAUGUAAAUCAUGUUGAUGUUUUUUGGUCAAGGGCUGUGAUGGUUUUACUACUAAACUAAAAGUAUGCAUCCUACAUGCACCCCUAUCCCAUAUAAAGGGCUUUUGACCAGAGCCCCUCACUAUAUAGGAACCAGGGAGCCAUGUGGGAGGUGUACAGGCUCUGUAAGGAUGAGACCAUGAUGUCUUGAACCAGCUUUAUACGGACAUGGAAAUGUGUCCUGCUUAUACAACACACUAGAUUGUUGUUAUGUUGUUGUUGUUGCUCUAUCAAGCAAGGUACUUGUAUUUAAUAUACAUAUAAAUGAUGGCAUAUUACAGCCCAGUGAAAACCUACUACGGGAGGGAUUGAAUUUCAUUCAGACACACACAGCCUUCUCUUGGCAGAAUGUUUCAAUGUUGAGGAGCUUGGAGACAGAGAUUCCUUUAUAGUGGUUUUGAGGUACAGCGCGAGUUGUUGGUGAUGACAGCCAAUGAUAUUAUACUGAUGUCUAUUGUUUCAGUUGGACUUUAAAAACAACAAAAAAGAGUAUAAUUCACGAUAUCAGUAUUUUCAAGCUAUGUUUAUUACUUGACUGUGUGUAAUGUUUUUAACGGUAAUAUCUCAAGAUGCAGUUCAUAAACCGAAAAACUGUUUAUGAUUUUUUUUUUUUUCGCUUGAAUGCGGUUAACCAAACAUUUCAGAAGAAGAGCUGGCUCGGUGAUAAGGAGAGGGGGGGAUAAGGGGGAGGGACGGAGGAAGAGUAGAGGGGUAAGGAGCAGAGCUGAGGCGGGGGUCGUGUCCAACAUUUUGUAUAUUUCAUCACCGCUCUGACAACGGCAUACAAAAAACUUUUUUUCCCGGAUCAAUUCUGCAAGCAGUUGAAAGCAAAGAAAGCAGAAUAACUUUUAUGUAAUUGCCGUUUUAUAGUCGGUAGUAGGAAUUCUACGGGCUAUACGUGUUAUUAGUGAACCAGCAACACGACACAACCAUGUCAUAUUCUUGCAUUUCUUGCUUUUUAAUCAAAAUGGCGUUUUGUUUAUAUUUAUUGUACACAUACUGAAGAAGAGAUCAUGUGUUGCUUUUAUGUGUGCUUCGAUCUCCUGGUUCCAACAAUAGAAAUGUCAUUAUCAGAAAGGGCAUAUAGCCCAUCAGAUCAUUCUAGUAGUUAUAUUUCUAUCGGUUCCACUACAUCCGAAUGCAGCUGCUGUCUGAAACGUGUGAACAUUUCCCUGUGUGAUUAUUUAUUCCACUGUCAUAACACAAGUCUUCAAUAAAGUCCGAAACUUUCAUACUCCA